CUUCCUCAUCUGUCUGAAAGAGAGAUCAGACAAAAGCAAAGGGAUGACCCCUGUCUCAGGGAAGUAAUAGCUCACAAGGAGAGUGGGGAAAAGCUACCCCCAACAGUCAGAAAAGAGCUCCCUGAUAUUCCCUUUCUUAUGAGGGAGUGGAACCGUCUUGAACUCCAUAACCAAGUGCUGUAUCGGAGACGCCAAGAUGGUGGCAGAGUCACACAUCAGCUCGUCCUACCAGAGGAGCUCCGAGCUGUUGUUCUGCAGAGCCUUCAUAACGAUAUGGGCCACCUGGGCAUCGAACGUACGCUGGAUUUGGUAAGGACCCGCUUCUACUGGCCAAAAAUGGCAGCAGAUGUGGAAAAAAAAGUUAAGACCUGUGAUCGGUGUAUCCGCCGAAAGGCACAGCCAGACAAGGCAGCACCGUUGGUCAACAUAAAGUCCACCAGGCCCCUCGAACUCGUGUGUAUGGACUUCUUGUCUCUCGAGCCCGACUCAAGUAACACGAAGGACAUCCUGGUGAUCACCGACCAUUUUACUAAGUAUGCUGUUGCCAUUCCAACGCCAAACCAGAAAGCCCAGACUGUUGCCAGAUGUCUUUGGGACAACUUCAUGGUACAUUAUGGAAUCCCAGAGCGCUUGCAUAGUGACCAAGGACCUGACUUCGAGUCACGUACGAUCAAAGAGCUAUGCAAAGUUGCUGGUAUCCAUAAAAUCCGUACGACUCCAUAUCACCCCAGAGGGAAUCCAGUGGAACGUUUUAACAGAACGUUGCUGAACAUGCUGGGAACACUGGACAAUAAAAACAAAUCACAAUGGCGAAACUUUGUGAAACCCUUGGUGCAUGCGUACAACUGUACCAAAAAUGAUGUAACAGGAUUCACACCCUAUGAACUAAUGUUCGGUCGUCAACCGAGGUUGCCUGUCGAUUUGGCUUUCGGUUUGCCUUUGAGGGAUGGUGAAUACAAGCUCCACUCAGAGUACGUUCAAAGGCUCAAGUCUCACCUGGAAGAGAGCUAUGAGAUAGCCACCCGAAAUGCUAAGAAGAUAGCAGAAAAGAACAAGGCAAGAUUUGACAGACAUGUUACUGUCUCUAAGUUGGAGGCUGGUGACAGAGUGUUGGUGAGAGCUGUCCGCUUACGCGGCAAACACAAACUCGCCGAUAGGUGGGAGUCAGAUAUCUAUGUAGUGGUGAAGCAAGCUGGAGAUUUUCCAGUUUACACUGUCAGACCAGAGAACAAGGAAGGCCCGUUGCGGACCCUGCAUAGGGACCUCCUACUCCCGUGCGGUUCUCUUCCACUGAGUGAUGAAAAGCCAGAAUUGCUAAAACCACGCAGACCAAAGACACGUCAGUCUGCCAAAGAGCCUGGGAAUGCAAAUGUUCAGUCUGACUCUGAGGAUGACUUUCCAUAUGAGUGGUUUAGAGAACAGCCUGAUACGGAAAUUGGGAGAUUUACGACUAUCUACGAAAUUCCCAAAGUGAACAUUCAUCCUGAGUCGACUUUUUCAAAGGGCGAGAAGAGAAACGUACCCAAAGAACACCUAUCUGUCAGUGCUCCAGUGGGUGAAGAAGACUUACCUGCUAACCUACCCAAUGAUUCAUGCAGCGUUCAAGUGGGAGACGUACCUGUCACUUUGCCAGCCGCUGCUGAUCUUGAGUGUUCACCUGCUACUACUGACAAAGUACCUGAAAAAGAAACAAGGACCAAAGAACCAACAAGUGUUUACUUACCAUUCAAUGUUCCUGAGCCUGCUGAAAAUGACCCUACUGCUGAUGAAACCUUAAAAAUUUCUGAAGAGGAUGUUCCUGCAGAAAAAAAAGAAAGAGAGAUUGAGAAUGUACCAGCGGUAACCAAUGAUGCAGUGCCAGGUAAAGAUGAUGUAACUGACAGGCAGGGCAGCACUGUUCGACGUUCAACGAGAAAUCGAGAAAGACCUGAACGACUCCAGUAUCCACAUCUUGGGAGCCCACUGGUAUCCAUCGUUCAGUCUCUUUUUCAAGGCCUGAGCUUGGCUUUUACAGAUGUUUUGCUGGAAGCUGAAAACUCAAAAUCUCACCUGAGCCCUCCUGUUACUACACAGCCACUCCCAUGCACGGGGACGUGCUUAACUUCAGGAGGGGAGGGUGUAACCAAGGUUAAAUAAUCUGUGCUGUUAUUUUGAAAUGCUCCAUGCUGUUAUUUUGAAAGGAUUGUUCCCUCUGCCAGCGGGUUACUUCCUGUUUAUUUUAUCAGCCUGUCGCAUGUCGAGAUGCUGGUUCGACUGACCAAUCAGGUGUCAGCUCUCAUCUAGUUCACCUCCGUAAAAAAAAAGGUUUUCCCUCUCUUGAGAAGCGAGGAGCGAGAGCAAACAUCGAAACACACAGUACAUGAAAGAUAGACAGAAAAACUCUAAAAGUUGAUUAAAAUUGAUGAAAACUGGCUGGAUAGUUUCACUACCAUCCCGUGAGAGAACAGCGAGAAGGAUCUGUCCUCACUAGAGGAGUAAUAACGCAUCGGUCAGGUUUUUUGUGGAUCCCGAGAGUUCCCGAUCUACCUGGAGUUGGAGCUAGACGUUUGAUGGCGAGCUACGGCCCAAUGGAGAAGAAUUAGUGAAUCAAUUGCAUGCAGAAGAUUGGAAUCCUGAACCCCAGAAACUUUGCUUCCACGCACACAGUCAACGCAUUCAACAGUGCGGUAGGAUAAACAGUUGCCACUUUUCCAGUGGACUGGGCAGUAUUACCUGCUGCAAGGACUAAGUGUUUGAGUUUGAAGGGUUAAAUUGAAUAUUGAACCAAAGACUAUUUAAACAGCUGUGAAUUGUUUUCUUAUUUUUUUAUUUUUCAUAUCUACCCGGGUAACAAUUGUACAAAUUAUUUACACUGUAACUGUUUUCUAUUCAUCCUUCCCUGUUUUAUUAAAUGGGAAGAGGAGUUCUUUCUAAAAGGAGA